CUGGUGUUGAGUGCAUUUGUGGUCACAUUUUGAAUGACAUGUGUUUCGGUGUUACGGUGUCUACCGUUGAGUGCAUUGUGUGGGCAGUGAUUGACUGAUUCAGUGAUUUAGUGAGCGGUCGUGAGAUGUAUGGGUCGGGUGCCAGACGGGGCCCCACCGGGCGUUCUCCUUACGACACAUCCAUGAGCUUUAGGACACCACUCAAUCCAUUCAAUCAAAGCAACCAAUCAUUGGAUCAAUCAUUCAAUAAAUCCUAUUUGAAGUCAUUUAAUGUUUUGGGCGACACUUCCCUCAACUCAUCCCACCAUCAAUUGAGUCAAUCGGUGCUAAUCAGCCAAACCUCUCACCACACACUCAAACCCUACACAUCUCUGCUACCGGUGCUCGUCAUCGAAGCCAUCUCUUCCGAUGGUAUGUCACACACUAUCUGUUGA